UUGCUAUUGCUGUAAUUGAUAGGUUGUCCAGUAAAUAGUAAAUAUUCUACAAUUUUUACUAAAAAAUAAUAACGUAGUUUGAGUUCAUGGUAAAGUCAAACAGUUUGGAUCAAUCUACUUGCUGGAAAAAAAUUUAUAAAGAUGACUCUUGUGGACCUUCACAUCUGUGUAUAAAGGUUAAAAGUCUCUUGAAAUAUCAGAUAAGCCUAACUUUUUUAUAAUAAGACAAAAUUUGUUUGGUUCAUGUGGUGCAACUCUUCAAAAGCGUGAUUAACCUAUUACAGACAUUUGGUCCUAUUUACCUUUGUAUGAACAAAGCUAUCUCUAAUAAGUCCUGUGAAAGUUGUUAUAUGAUAGUUCAUUCCUGAAAUCAUUAACCCAGAGUUGCAUUUAACCCACUUGUGAGACUUUAAUCUGCAGUGACAUCAUGACAGAGCGUAGAAGUCUGAGUUCAUUUGCUGCGCUGUACGAACAUGACCUAUCAAAACUCACUCACCAUUUGUUUAGUUUUGAGUCCCCUCCUCUUUCAAAAACAUUUGCAGCCCUUAUAAAGAAUCGUAUUUCUGCUGUCUGCAGUAUGAGUGUUAGAAGAAUGGUGAGAGCACUGACUGUUCCCGCUCUGGGGCUUCUAGCCUUACUAUGCUUGUUCUCCUCGAAGCUCGUGCAGGCUGGGAAGGUGCUUGUCAUGCCAGUGGAUGGCAGCCACUGGUUGAGCAUGAAGAUCUUGGUAGAAGAGCUUUCUCAAAGGGGUCAUGAGAUGGUGGUCCUGGUCCCUGAAACCAGUGUUCUGAUUGGAAGGUCUGGUAAUUACACUACUAAAUCGUUUCGUGUGCCCUACACCCAUGCUGAACUGAAUGCUGAAAUAGAAAACAUAAGGAACCAUGCGCUUGAGAAUCCUCCAAAGCUGACUGAUAUCUUUGUAAAUCUGGAGACCCUGGUACACCUCACAAAUAUGCAGGUGAAAGGCUGUGAAGGACUGCUGUAUGACGAGUCCCUGAUGAAGAGUCUUAGAGAAACAGGAUUUGAUGCUUUGCUCACUGAUCCUUUCCUGCCUUGUGGCACCAUCAUUGCUGAUUCCUUCGCAAUUCCUGCUGUUUACUUCCUGCGUAGAAUUCCUUGUCGUCUUGAUGAUGCAGCCACCCAGUGUCCCUCACCUCCGUCUUAUGUCCCGCGCAUCAUGACUGGUAACACAGAUAUGAUGACUUUCCUUCAGAGAGUAAAAAACACACUUAUGAUAGGUUUUGAAAAGUUUCUAUGCCUCAAACGUUUUGCCAGCGCUGAUGAACUGGCCAGUAGAUAUCUGCAGAAGGAAACUACAUACAAAGAGCUAUUAAGUCACGGUGCAGUCUGGCUUCUAAGAUACGACUUUGCCUUUGAUUAUCCCAAACCCCAAAUGCCAAAUAUGGUCCAAAUAGGGGGCAUCAACUGUGCUAAAAAGGGUCCACUGACAAAGGUAAGAUAUUAAUGAACAUUCUCAGCUGUUCCAUCAAAAAUACAAAACUUUUGUAAAGGUUUUUCAGUGUUUUAGAGCAUGCUUUCAGAAGGCUAUUUAGACGUCUGCAUUUUCUGAAAACUAUAGUGGACUAUAUCUGCCAUGUAAUCCUGACAUUUUAGAGUUGUAGGUCAUCAGUUAUGUGCAGUAAUACUAGAAAAUGAUGUGUGUACUUCAAUAGAACAGUUGUAUUGCUUACUCUCCUUGUGACUUCACUCAAUGUUCCAGGACAAAGAAGCUCUAAUCUAGAAUACUCCAAAUUUAGUGGAACAAGUAGAAGAACCAAAUCAGUGCACAUGUGUUGUGAUUUGGGUGUAAAUGUUCUAUGUUCUAUGCGUGCAUAAAUAUGAAUAAUCCACAAACAUUUAUUAGUGGUUCAGAUGCAUAGAUUGCUUCAGUGCCAUAUUUGGAUGGAGCACAUCCUUCUGUCUGUAAGUAUCGCC